UGGUAUAACAAAAUGCUGCAGUGCUGUAGAUGUCUCCAGUGGUUCCAUGAAGGUAUGUUAAGCUUAUAGUUUUUGUAGAGACAGCAAACAUCUAUGGUUGGCUGGUUUAAAUAAAAUAGUUAACUCUGUAAAAUCUCAUCAGCUGGUCUGAGGUGGCAAAUCGAGGUGCAAUGGUAGCUGUUUGUAAUGCUUGUGGUGUGUCACCAAGUGGCUGGGAAAAAUUAAAUUUUCAAGUCUGUAAGCUAGAUAACUAGGUAAGGAUGAAAAAAUUGUGUACAUAACAUCACCAAAAAAAGCAGCCAACUUGGUAUUUAAUUCAAUAUUGGCUGCCUUUGCUAUCCUGAGACAUAACUGUUGAAUAAAAUUAUGUACCGGUAUUCAAAAUUCAGCUUAGCUCGUAUCAUGAAUGUAACCUUCAAGUGCUAUUCUCACUAGAAGACUGUAGUUCUGGCAAAGGGCAUCUUGCAAGCCUUGGUUUUGUUUUCAUCUGAGACUGCUGUGCCAUCAAAUGCUAAACUGAGAAGGCUUUGGCGGCCAUGGUCAUUUAGGUUUUAUGUCACAGUUCUUUGUCCUCGACUGGCUGCCGGUCAAGGCUGAAGAGCUCUGUCUACUUUUGUUUAUAGUAAAUCAGCCCUGGAACCCUACGAAUCUGCACUAUCUGGGAAGAUGAUUGAUGGAUUAUCUAACAGAAUAAUAGUUAUCACCAACCGUUAUAAAAAAUAAUGUUCUAAAUGUUUCUCAAGCUGUAAACAACUCUGAAAUCACAGUAAAUCAAAAGCUACUUUUUAGCUUGUUAUGCUGAGCAUAUUUCAGAUUGCCAGCUUAAUUGAGGGACAGUAUUCAAUCCCUAAAUAUCCGUUCUUCUGCCUAUUUUCUUACUUUCCAACUUUAACAUUAUAUUUGAGAUUCUCAGAUGUACAUGUUCCCACUCUUUAAAAAUCUACCAAUCAUUACAAUUUUACUAUUCAAAAAAUAAUAGUUAGGAAGCAUUGCAGUGGCCACAGGUUAGUUCUUCACCAUAAACAUGUACAUGUUUUUAAUAAUUGUAAAGCGCUUAGAGCUUAAGGUAAGCGCUAUAUAAAAAUGCCUAAAUAAAUAAAUAAAUAUAUCUGGCUAAAUAAUUCCAGAUUCUUAACUAGGGUAAAAAUUGAAAAUAAAAGUAUUACUUCUUUUUUUUUGUUUACUAUUUUUAUUUGUUUUAAAUGUAUAUAUUUAUAUAUAAUCUGAAGCCAUUUCCAUUUUUUUUGUUUUGUUUUUUUUGUUCAUAGCCUGCAUUCAGAGCGUCAAGGAAGAACUCCUCUUAGGUGACCGCUUCUUCAUAUUUGUAUGCGCACACUGUAAUGAAGGUCUGGAGUUUUUGCAUCGUAUGGAUCUUGAUUGGUAAGGCUUUAAAAAUAUGAUGUAAUGAUAAUCACAAAGCGCUGAAGAUAUACUCAGCCAGACUUUGUCAAUUCUGAAAUAAUACCUUUUGCAUUUUGUAAAACAAUGCUUGCCAAUGUGGACACUAAUAUUUCAUCAUCUGGGAAGAGAGUUACAUAAUGAAUUCCUGUGUUUUUGCUAAAGAAACUUUAAUUCUUGAUCUUAAAGUACCAUGAAAAUGUUGCUUGAAAAAGCUGCAGAUUGAAAAUUAGACAUUGUGACGGAAGAAUUUUCUCAUCACCAUUCUUAAAUGGUAACAUUGCCUGGCUCUUGAUCAGAAGGUGGUAUGUUUGAAUUUGUCUGGGGUUAUUUCUCCAGCUAUGAAGUUAUAAAAAGACUUAAGAGUAUUUCAAAAACUUACGGUACUUUGUCAUUGUGAUAGAAAUGAUGCUUAUCAAACUAUUUUAUAAUUAUUAACUUUAUAAUUGUAAAAUUUAUUUCCCUUAAAUUCAGCUCAUAUAUCAGAUUAAACUUUUUCCUGUGUUUUAAAUUGGACUAUAUUUUAAAAUGUGUGCAUCUUACAUAUCUAAAUAUUUUGGUCAAAGGGAGCUGAUUUGACAACCUAUUUUUUCACAUUUAGCAGACCUGUUUACUCUUACGAUUUUGGAGUACAGUGUACGAUUUUUUGGUGAAUACAUUAUACAUAUUGUAUGUUUAUUUUUUUACUAUUAAGAUAAUUUAUUGAACGAUUUGUAAUGCUAUUGUACGAUUUUAAGAGUUUGAGGGUGAACAGGUCUGCAUUUAGCCAUUCAUUAACAAUUUUUCAAUAAAGCUACCAUUAAAUUUUUUUAAUGUAUUAUUUUCCUUUAGGUUUAACAUUGCACACAUCACUACAUUUCACCUUGUCAUGACAAAUGGAACAACAUAUGCAGACUUAGACACAGAUAUCAUUCCCUUUAUAAUGGAUCGUGCUCAAAACUUUGGGGUGAAGAAAUUGCUUAAUGUAGGUUUUAAAUAUUAUUUAAAAAUUGUAUUUGUAACAGCUUUCAUACAGUGCUAAGUGCUUUUCAUAUAAUUAAUUAUAAAAAAACUUUCACCUGUGAAAUUUUCUUGAUAAUUUAAGUAUGAGGUUAUAAAUAAUAAUUAGAUAUUAACCACCAACACCCCCCUUACACCUAAGACUUCCAUGGUAAAUGAAAGUGUUUAAAUUUAAUUUUCCGUCCUAAACAAAUUUAUGUCAAUAUAACUUUAAAGUACCGGUACAUAAAUAUUGUUAGGUUGUUUUGUCUUGACUAAAUAAGAGUUUAUAUACUAAGAAAAGAAAGUGGCUUAGAAAGGGGGUGCACAGGGAGGUUGUCUCUGGCCCUAAUGGUACUUUUUUCUUAAUACGGAGGGGCAGCAUUUUUUGUCAUCAGAUGGGGGGGGGGGGCAAUGCUUGACAGGCCUGUGGUAGCACUAACCCUAGCUACAGGACCGAGUAUACAUUAAACAGGCUUUAAUUCUCUUUCAUAUAUGUAUAUAUGAAAGAGAAUUAUAUAUAUAUUGGGGGGGGGGGGGCAAUGCUUGACAGGCCUGUGGUAGCACUAACCCUAGCUACAGGACCGAGUAUACAUUAAACAGGCUUUAAUUCUCUUUCAUAUAUGUAUAUAUGAAAGAGAAUUAUAUAUAUAUAUAUAUAUAUCUAUAUAUAUAAAAAAUUUGUAUAAUCUUUGUUUGGAAAAACUUUUUACAGGGAAUGCAUGGAAAUAAAGAUGCUAUGCGCUGCCACCUUAUUAAAAUUUUCAAGGAACAUGGCAAUAUGUGAGUGUAAUCUUUUUAAUACUUUUUUUUCCUAGUUGGUGAUUUUAAAAGCAAAUUUUUGUUAGCUUCUCAGAACAAUUUUAUUCUUCAUAAGUCAAAUUUGGUAAAAUGUACAUUUCAGAAAUUGGAACAGGUUCACAUUUUUUGUCAACCCCACUGAUCUACCUCAAGAAUCAAUUUUUUUAAAAUAAAUAAGUGAUGUUUGAAUUAAUAUUUUUCCCCAUUGAUAUGUGAAUUUUGGUGUUAACGCUUAUCUGUCAGAUUUCGCUGUGGAUCAGAGGUAAAGAAGAGAUGCACUUAUUUUGGUGUCAGGCAGCGCACCCCUCCCAGUCCCCCGCCUAUAUCAGUUCCUGCUAGUGUUCAAAUCAAUAUGGAAACAAUGAAAGACUCUCUUGUAAAGAAAACAACAUUUUUUCCUGGUAAAUUGUAAGUAGUGACAAAUGUGUUGUUUCAAAUAAAUUCUUACAUAGCAUUCUUUGUUAUUUUUUAUAUUGAAUUUUGAGUAAUUUUAAUGUAUAUUACUGUAAUUUUAAUGUAUAUUACUAUUAUUAUAAAGUAUUAAUUAUUUUUUUUGCUUAAUAUUUUACUACAAGCAUUCGGUAUGUCUUGUAGUUCAAGUGAUAUGUUAUCUAAAUGAAUAAUGCUAGGCAUAAAACUAUGUUAAAUGCUGUCCCCAGCACACAAGCUGUGCCAUAUGCCAAAAAAGUUGACCCUCCAACAAUGAGUGCAAGACUUAAAGAAUCUAAACUAGCCAAAAUUGCUCGAGUUGUAAGUCUUUGUUGAUUAAAUACUUUUUUUUUAAAAAUAUUUAAAUACGAUUGAUUAGGUAAACUGUUUCCAUGGCUAAAUUAGGAUAUUAUGAAAUUCAUUUUUUGAUUACCUUCACUGGCAGUGAGCAAUCAGCUGAUGAUGAAAAAAUAACUUUAAACAUUUAGUUACUCUAAUCUUAUUUACCUUAAGUAAAGGUUUAAGUUUUACUGGUUUUUAAACCAUGCUGUGAUCACAGAAGAAAAGAAGCUUAUUUCACAUAUCUUUUUUGUUAAAAAAUGUGAUGAAAUCAAAUUUUUAAAAAUACAUUAUCCUAGAUAUAUUAAAAUCAUCUAUACUUUAGGCUAACAUUAUCUCUUUCCUUAGAAAUCAGAACACAACUACUGCACCCCUGUGAAAUGUCCUGAAGAUUCGCCCAACAGAAAGCCAAGGAGAUCUCCCAGUUCAGAUAUCUUUGAUGGCAAUAACAAUUCUCCGGCCAAGCAAUCUCCACAUAAACCAGACUUCAAUGAGACUCUUUAUGAACGAGAGGAAGUAGAAUAUGAUCUAGCAAGCAAGAGCAAUAAGUCAAGUUUACCAUUCACACCAGAGAAACAGCCCCCAAAAGAUCCAUUUUGGUCUCUGGACAUAGCAUUUCCAGAACCUGUGAACUUUUUGGGGGCCAACCACCCAUUUCUCAUCGAUUUCGAACAAGAAAAUAUACGCAAGAAA